AAAUCCUCUCCCGGCUUAAAAACGGUAAAUAUUCAUCUUUUUUUCUCUUUGGAUCCUUAAUUUUUGUGGGUUAUAUGAAUCGGCAACUAUAAAUGAUAAAAAUACGAUCUUUUGUUGAAGUUGUGUUGGGAGAUUUGUUCUGUGUUGAUUGAAUCUGUUCUUAUAUAUGUGACUUUUGCAGAGUGAUAAAGAGGUGUAACAAAACAUGGCGUAUGAACCGAUGAAGCCCACGAAAGCUGGUUUGGAGGCUCCUCUGGAGCAGAUUCAUAAGAUCAGGAUCACUCUCUCUUCAAAAAAUGUGAAGAACUUGGAAAAAGUGUGCACUGAUUUGGUCCGUGGAGCUAAGGAUAAGAGACUUAGAGUUAAGGGACCAGUGAGAAUGCCCACUAAGGUUCUUAAGAUCACUACCAGAAAGGCACCUUGUGGUGAAGGUACCAAUACUUGGGACAGGUUUGAGCUCAGGGUUCACAAGCGUGUCAUCGAUCUCUUCAGCUCCCCUGACGUUGUUAAGCAAAUCACGUCUAUCACCAUUGAGCCCGGUGUUGAGGUCGAGGUCACUAUUGCUGACUCUUAGACACUUGGUCCAAAACCGCUUCAAAAGAGUGUAUUUUAUCGUUUCUGGUCCUACAUUUUUGUUUGCAACCUUGUUUCUUGGGUUUUGAUAGUUCUGAGGUGGUUUUUGUCUAUCGAAUUUUUUUCAUCUAUAAGAGACCUUAAUGAACCAGUUCAAGAUCUUGCUUUCAUUCUUAAUUUCAACUUGUUACACU